CUUAAAUUUUGCAGAGGGACUUCACGAAUACUCUGUGUCAGCCUACGUGCUUCAUGGAAGUGUUGCCCAUCAGAAGUUGGAUGUUCAGCAAAAGAUGCAGCUUAAAACUAUGCAUUUCUCUUAAAGGAAGCAACAAAAUACUUUAUAUGGCUCAUGUCUGACAACAUGCACCACCAGUGGCUGCUGCUAGCUGCAUGCUUUUGGGUGAUAUUCAUGUUCAUGGUUGCUAGCAAGUUUAUCACCUUGACUUUUAAAGACCCAGAUGGCUAUGGUGCCAAGCAAGAGCCAUUAGUACUGACAGCUGUGACAAAAGUGGAGGAGGUACGAGUGUCAGAGGAAAAACGUUGGCCUGAAGAAUUCCAGCCAACUGGAAAAGCUUUUUCUGGAAAUCUGAUACGCCAGCCCCGGGUUCAUAUGGAAAGACUUGAGCUUCUCAGGAAUGUCUGCAGAGACACUGCUUUGAGAAAUCUUUCUCACACCACAGUUUCCAAGUUCGUCCUGGAUCGAAUAUUUGUGUGUGACAAGCACAAGAUCCUGUUCUGUCAGACACCGAAAGUGGGCAACACUCAGUGGAAAAAAGUCUUGAUCGUUUUGAAUGGAGCGUUCUCUUCCAUAGAAGAGAUUCCAGAAAAUAUUGUACAUGACCAUGAGAAGAAUGGCCUUCCACGCUUGUCUUCCUUCACUGAUGCUGAAAUUAAGAAACGACUGAAUUUAUACUUCAAGUUUUUUAUUGUUAGAGAUCCAUUUGAAAGACUUAUUUCUGCAUUUAAAGACAAGUUUGUGCACAAUCCUCGGUUUGAACCUUGGUACCGGCAUGAAAUUGCUCCUGGCAUCAUUCGUAAAUAUAGAAAGAAUCGCACAGAGACCAGAGGGCUGCAGUUCGAGGAUUUUGUGCGCUAUCUGGGUGACCCAAAUCACCGGUGGCUGGAUGUUCAGUUUGGUGAUCACAUCAUUCAUUGGGUAACAUAUGUGGAACUGUGUGCCCCCUGUGAAAUCACAUAUAGUGUGAUUGGACACCAUGAAACCCUGGAGGAUGAUGCUCCAUAUAUCUUGAAAGCAGCCGGCAUAGACCAUCUGGUAUCAUACCCCACGAUUCCACCAGGGAUAACAGUGUACAACAAGACAAAAGUAGAGCGAUAUUUUUCGGGAAUUAGCAAGAGAGACAUAAGGCGCCUCUAUGCUCGGUUCGAAGGCGAUUUUAAACUCUUUGGCUAUCGGGAGCCAGAUUUCUUGUUAAACUGAUGCCUAGAAUAAGCUCUGAAGAAACCCACGUGAAUACCAGCUGCAACACUGACAGAGCUAAGAAUGACCAUUUGUUUUCUAGCUUUUUGAUGUUGCUCCACUUUUCAGUGAAAUAUUUGUCAUAUGAACAAUUAGGGGCUUAUAGUUGUUGUUUACUGACCAUAUUUUCAACAUGUGGCAUUGAAAUCUGUUAGGAGUGAAAUCUCUGUUAUCUAAAAUACAGAAUUCCACUCAUUCCCUCUUUCCUCCAGGAAAAAAAAGAGGAAGAACCAAUGGGCUACGACCUUCCCUAUCUCUCUCCCAGACAGAAUGCCAUUUAAAAAUAUAUAGUGAAGCAUUUAUAAAGAUGGCAGUUUCACUGUAGGUUAACUCUGACGUGUGGGUGAACUUAUAGUUCAUGCUCAUGAGAAAGGCAUGUAGAGUCUCUCGUGAGCUAUGCAAAAUUAGAGGCCACUGCAGCACUAAAAAUUGAUUAAAUGCUUGACAGGUAAAAUCAUCCAGGUUCUGCCAUGUGGCUGCUAUAAUAACAGUAAUGCUGAUCUAAUCCCAUUUUUUGUUUGUCACAAAAUGAAUCUAGUUAGACAGAAGCUUCAAAACUGUCCAAAAAGGGGCUGGUUCCAGAGCCCAGUUGUCUUUGUAUUCUUGUCAAGUGUUUACUGUGCUUACUUCUGGCCUGUUUUUUAAAAUGGUAUUUAACUCCUGGCUACGUAAGUUAUCUGAGAACAUCCGCUACAAAUGGAGCACAGAAGAAAUACAAAGCUUUUAGGGAAGCCCUAAGGAAAAGUAAUGUAAAAAUAAAAUGAGAGUUGCGUUUGAGGAGCAUAUCACAAGAUGCUCUCUAAAUAUCACACGUUUUAACUUAGUUUUAUCUUCUAACAGUUAAGGUUAAAUAAGCCACAAACGCAGGAUGUCAUGUAAAAGAGCUGCUGGAGUUAAUCUGGGUGAAUGCUCCACCUUUUUCUUGUAUCGUUGUCUUGCUCAAUGUUUACUACCUUAGAGAAGAGAAAAUUUCUCCCCCUCUGAAAAUGCAUCUCCUUACUGCCGAAGGAGGCAGGAUGAAUCCUUGCUUUUUCCAGUGUUUCACUGCUGUGGUGUCCUGAGUCAAAAAUGCCCAACAUCUGUGUUACCAAUGGGUGAGCUGGUAACUUGUCAGGAGUUUGAAUGUCGCGUAAAUUUGUGUAUACAUUUUGUGCAUUUAAAAAAAAAAAAGCAGAACUGAUUGGAUGCAACCAUAACGUUUGCUUGUGUUUGCAUUCUUCUUGUCUGAUUUAAAAAAGUCUCGUCUGAGUUCACCAGCAAUAAAAAUUAGUGCGCUAUCCUGCAGUUCAUGGGAAAAAGAGGCCACGUGUCUGAAUUAGAGGAAUUGCUCCAUCACAGUGCGGCAUUUGAGAUGUAUUUUUGAAAUCUUAGUCCUAAAGGAUUAAUUUUCACACCAGCAUAACAUUGCUGGCUAGAAAUGCUAAUGAUGGUCAACGCUAUGGAGUCUGCUCUUAAACCCAGCCGCAGUAUGUUUUUGAUAGCUUCCUGUAUCAACAUAAGGAGGCGUCUGGCACUCGAGAAAAAAGCAAGCUGUGCCAAACUGACAUGUGCUGCUAUCUGCAAAAAGGAAGCCCUGUUGUACUUGGAUGUAAUUUCAGAAAGAUCUCAACAGUCUAAUUGAAAUAAGGGAGAAUCGUUAACUGGGCAUUGUUAGCAAGAGACUAGUCCAAGGUGGCAAAACUGGAAGAGUUGUUUUUUCGGGGGGAGGAUGGUUUGUUUGUUUGAAAAAAAGCAGCAGUACAGUGCCCUAGACUUGUUAGUUCUUAACUUAUGAGAAAAAGAUGUUAACGGCUCCAGGUUUUUCUGUGCUCUGUUUUUUUUUUUUUGUUUGGUUUCUUUUUUGUUUUUUAAUACAGGAACUUAGCAAAGUGUAUUAUUAAACACAUUUUGGAGCUAAUGAGCUGAUUGAUUACCUCUCUGCCGAUUUCAAAUGUAACAGUGUGAAUAAUGUAUAGUGAAUUCCGGCCUUAAAGUUUAAAUCUAAUAAAGUAGAAUCAUUUUUCUCUGAAAGCCUAAGCUACCGAUCACACAGCA